AUGGACCAAUAUCCCGCACGGCGACCUGUCAGGGAGGCUUCCAAGAAGCUGGGCGGCAAGCAACCCGACGGCGAGCCCAAAGGCAAGAAGCGCAAGGCCGACUGCGACGCGGACAAGGCGCCCAAGAACAAGAAGAACAAAGAAGAGCCGAAACCCAAGGCCCCUAAGCCCAGAGGUCCCGUAGACGUCGAGAAGCAGUGUGGUGUGCUACUACCCAACGGGCAGCCGUGCGCGCGGUCUCUCACGUGCAAGAGCCACAGCAUGGGCGCCAAGCGUGCCGUCGCCGGCCGUUCACUUCCCUACGACAUGUUGCUUGCUGCCUAUCAAAAGAAGCACCAAGCCAAACAGUAG